UGUUGUUAUGGGAGGACGGGUGGGGGGGUUAAGGUCACGCCCCUGGCCUAAAAAGGCGAAAGCGAAUAGCUGCCGCUCUAAGAAUAACCCGACCGCCGCGCAAACGUGACAUGAAUGUUCGCCGGCGCCGACUGGAAAGUGUCACCAAGCGAACCGGAUCAAAAUUUGCGUGUGAAUGAAUCGUGGCCGAGAAACGGAGUCACGCCGCGCCAACUUGUAAGAGCGGCUGAAAAGGGGGACGCGGCGACGUCCGCCUCAGUCCGCUUUCUCCGUCAACCUCCGCCGAUCUAAAUCCGUCGGCCCGGAGGUGGGGCGGGCGGUCGGCCUCCCGGUCCGAGCACCCUCAACUUGGUUUUCUCCGUCUGUCCCCGCUUUGGACCCUCAACCGGUCGGACCGCCUUCCUUGCGUGUUUGCCGUUGACUUUUCUUUUGUUUUUGGGGGGUUGCGGGGGCACUUUGGGAAUACCGGUGGCACCCCAGGGAAGGAAUCCACCUUGGUUUCCUGGCAACUGGAUCCCGCUGGCAACGCUUUGAAUGUUGAGCAAUGACGGAAGCAGAAGUGCGAUCAUCCGCCAGCACCACCACAAUGGUCAUCGACGGCAAGAACGGCGAUGCCGGCUCGCCGCCCGCCGGCGCGUCCAAGCGGACGUUCGCCGACGACGUUUAUUCGACGUUCAGCUCGCCGCUGGCGUGGAUCCUCGUGCUGGCCCUCGUGGUCACGUGGUCGUGCGUUUUCGUUAUCGUGUUCGACCUGGCCGACUACAAAACCAUCUCAGGAGGCCUCGGCAGGAUCGGCUCGGACCCGGCCAAGGCCGUCAACGACGUGGUGGAGAGCUCGGCCAACGCCAUCCGCGACGUGCUCAGGUUUGCCGCCAGCCUGGUUGCCCCCGAUGAGGAUGACGGAAAUCUCUAUGCUGUGAGGAAAAAAGCGACAACGCGGUCGGAGGAGGAGGAGAAGGAGGAAGAACAAGUGGAGGUGAAUCUUAAGAGGAGAAAAAAAGGGGAGUUUCUACCAUCCCGAAGUAAAGUCAUCAGGAUGCAAGUGAAGAAGGCACAACUGGCGGUCGAAGUGGUCCACCCGGAUGAAGGCGAGGAAGAGGAGGACGAGGGGUAUGAGGAGGGCCAGCAGGAGGAGAAGGCCAAGGAAGAAGAGGAGGAGGAGGAAGAGAAGGAGGAGGAAGAGGAGGGGGACGAUGUGGUGGAUGAAGGAGUUGAUGAGGAGGAGGAGGGAGAAAAAGCAGCUGAAGAGAAGGAGGAAGAGGAGGAUGCUGUGGAUGAAGCAGUUCUUGCGGCUCCUGAGGAGAUAGACGAGGAUGGAGGUGACAUGGAGGAGGUGGAGGAGGGAGUGGGUGAUGAAGAAGAGGAGGAAGAGGGGGAGGGAGCUGACGCCAUUGCGGAGGCGAAUGAGGAGGGAGAGGAUGAGGAGGCCACGCCUGAUGCCCAGGAAGCGGCUGCUGAGGACGAGGACGACGAGACCUCCCAACCCGAGUCCGACGAUGAGAUUGACGACGGUGACGGCAAAGAGGACGAAGAAGGAGAACAACGUACAGCUGGUGAAGAUGACGAGGAGGAGGAGGACGGAACUGAAGAUAUGACGAGGGAUGAGGAAGACGAGGAUCUCUUGCCUCGGUCCAGGGAGGAAGAUGAAGAUGACCUUCAUCUUGCUUCCGUCCCUGAUGAUGAUGAGGAUGACCAGGGGGAACCUCUCCGAAUUUUGGCCGUGAAAGAUGAAGAUGCGACUUCAUCAUUGGCUGACGACGACGACGACGAUGAUGAUGGAGAAACCAAGGAAGAAGUUCUCGUCCAAUCAGACGUCAGCAAACCUGAUGAUUCCAUUGAGGAUGAUGAGGUGGAUGAGGAAGACCACCGGGACGAAGAUCUGGAGCGCCUUGAUUUCGGCCAAGCGGAGAGCGGCAAAGACCACGAACCCGAUGACGAGGAGGAGGAAGAGGAGGAGGAUGAAGACGACAUUGCACGACCGCCCUUGGAUGGUGAAGACGACGAGGAGGAAGACUCACUCGCCUUGACCUCGGGUGAGGCAGGCCUCCCGACCCUUGACCUCGAAGACGGCAUCGCGCCGGAGUCGUCGCCGGUUGAAGACGAGGACGAGGAUGAAGAAGACCUGGCAUCAGCUCAACACGAAGAUGCGGGCGAGCUGAGCCCGCCGCUCGCUGGGGAUGGAGAAGAAGAAGGAGAGAAAGAGGAGAAGUCCCACAAAGAGGAAGAGCGGCGGGCAACAAAGCUCCACGCCGAAGCGCACGCAGCGUGUCCCUGCACCAGUCCGCCGAAGACGCGAGUGUCGGCCGUGCGAAGCGCCAAGAAGAAAGAAUGGAAAGCCGUGAAGAACACGGAAAAACCCAAAAGAACAGCACUUCCCAGAUUUGCCAGUCUGGAGCCCAAAAUGAGACGAACCGGGAGGAUUCCGACUGUCCUCAAAGCCAGGAAAGAAGAAAAGAGCAAGAAGCCAAAAACAGAGCAACCUGCCGAGAAGCAAAGUCCAAAACCAACGCAAGUCCCAGAACCAGUACAAGACGUCGGUCCUUGCAGACCGGCACCAGUCUACUGUCCGUCCCCUCCCGGCUGGUACGUGCACCAGAUCGUGACGGACACGCCGUACCCGCCUCCGACCGCUUCAGGUUCUGCUGCUCCGGUUCUGACCACCCAUCCCAUCCACCCGGCGCCGCUUUACCAAGCGCACCCGAUGAUGCCCCCGCUCUACCCUCACUACCAGCACUUUGCUCACCCCGUGCCACCUGUCGUGCAGUUGCCGCCAGAACCGGUCCGACCGGUAGAACCGGUCCAGCCUGUACAACCAGUUGAAACAGUUCUGACGGCGCAACCAACUGAACCAGUCCAGACAGUUGAACCCCAACAACAAGCGGAACCGGUCCCGCCGGUUGAACCUGUCCAGUCAGGAACCACAGAACCGGCACCUGCUGCUCAACCCGAAGUCCAGAAAGGAGAAGCGGCAGAACCAGACGUGAAAGCCGAAUCGGAGCGUGUCAAAGAAGACGUGACGACGGCGAAAAAAGAAGCUACGAAGAAAAAGAAGACAGCCGACGAUCACGAAGGUGGUGGACUCAAGAAAGACAAAACCAAAGCUGGAGCUACACACACAGCUGUAAAAGCGCGAAGCAAAAGCGCAGCAGCGCCUCCGAAGAGAGAAGCCACAGCGGCGAGACGCAAGAGAAGCGCCGUCUGCGCCCCGGAGACAGAUGGCGCCCAGAGCAAAAGCAAGACCGCCUCCUCCUCCUCCUCCUCCUCCUCCUCUUCUUCCGCGGCCAAAAGAGGUAAAAGCGGUCCCGCGGCAGCAGAAUGGCAGCCGACGGACACGCCGAUGAGGACGAACGUGACGGAGAAACUUUACAAAUCUUCAACGUCGCAAACGCCCAAGAUGAGAACAACUUUACUGACGAGCAAGAAAAUCACCACAGCCAAAGCCGAUCAGGCUGAGGAAAAGGAAAGGUCCUCGAGGGACACCAAAGACAAAAAAGACAAAGAACGUUCACAAGCCAAAAAGACAGAGGAUGAAAGUACAGCAAAGCAGAAAUCAGGUCAAAGAUACUUCCAGUGCGUUUAUGUGCCGGGCAAAAAUGCGCAGUACCCCCUGCGACCGUUCAGCCCGGCGCCACCCGCCCUCAAGUCCCUCCUCGACCAGCAGAGGGCGGCCAGGCAGUCGACGCAGUAGCGCGGCCUCCCCCCACCACGCGAUCUCUUUUCCAUUUUUUUUUUUUUUUUUUUUUAUUGUUCAACUACAAGGCUGAGCUCCUCGGGUUUCUCAUUCAGAUCAACAAAAAAGCAAACGCAGUAAAAGUGAAAUAAUGAAGUCUUUCCGUGAAUGCGUCACUUGAUGCUAGCUAGAAAUCACACAAUGCAAAAAUCUCAUAAAGGUUUACAACCGUCGCGUUCCCUCGACAACGUGGGCCUGAGGACUUCCUCUCUUCACCCCCACACACAGCAAAUAAAGGACUAGGAGGGCUGGCAGUAAAUUACACAAUUGGGAAAUUUGGAUUUUUAUGACACACUGAAAUUGUAGCUAGCUUGGAAAUGCAGUGACGUGGGGUCACUUCGUCCGAUCACGUUCACUGGAUGGAAAAAUCAUCGCCGAGUUGUAUCGAGUGGGAACAAAUGGAAAACGGGAAAUUCAGGUAAAUAAUUAUAUUUAAAAAAAACAACAACAUAACUCCUUUUAAAACAUGUUUUAUCUACUGUAAGUUCUAUUUAAAAAAAAAAAAAAGAAAGAAAUAGCAUUUUAUCUUCCUAGCAGAGGGGAAUUUGGAAUUAUUUUCUGUGUUGACUGACUGGAUCACCUGCUCCUACGUGGAAAUGAUAAAGCAAAGCAAAAUUUGUAGAGCAUAUUUCACACACAGUGCGCUUUACAUGAUUAAAUACAUAAAAACAUUUGAAAAAGUACAAUUAAAGCAGAUUUUAGUGCAAGAAAUGUUAUUGAAAAGUGGGAGUACUCUAAAACGCACGAGGAAGAAAAAAACAUUCAAACGUGGGGCUGACGUCACUUAUUCCAUUUUUUUUUUUUUGCAGCAUCAUCAUAGCUAAAAUGCUGCUUCACCAUGUUUGCUUUGGACUCUGCACUCCACGUUUAGACCCGAGUCACUCGAUCUCAGAGCCCUACUGGGUUUCUUUCAUGUUUUCAGAACCGAAACCAUUUAGAGAUUUACAGACCAGUAGCAGAAUUUUCAAAUCCAUUCUAAAGCUGCCUGGAAGCACCAAUGCCCCAUUAAAAAAAUAAUAAAUGAUAAUAAUAAAAAAAAAAAAAGUUUUCUGAGCAACAUCGGUAUGAAAUCUAAAACACGUUUUGAAAGGAAAGCAACCUUUCAUCCAACUGCAGCACCAUCUGCUGGAUGUGAUGGGGCACUCCAGCAGUUGCCCCACAUUUUUUUUCAUCAUUUAAAAAUUUUUUUUUUUUACUUUUUGUUUACGUUGACAGGUCAAACCCCAGGAGCCCCGCCUCUUCCACACUUGCGCCCCCUGCCUCUGAACACCUCCUAACAACGCUAAUGCUAAUUCGCACCUAAAUACUUGACUAAACGUGUUUAUGAUCUGACAUAAAUUAACAGUCGAGUGAAGCUCCAGCUAAUUUCUAGCAUUUGUAUUAUUAACAGCCUAAGUUCAGGGAAUGGAAGCGUGCGUUUGCGCGACCAACACCGGACACCGAUCGGUGGCCGGCCGGUGACUUAACAUCUUCAGCUGUACGUUCAAGCGACGCGAGCGGCCUGUUGGCUACCAAGCUAACAUUUAGUGUCGCCGCACGUUGUUUAUCGAUGUCUUACUUGAUGAGAAAGAAAGAAAAAAAGUGAGUCUUUACACCAGACUCCACCAUGAAAUCAGAUCAGGUUUUAAAAAUAAAAGUCUUCAGUGACCUCAUUGUGUUAGCGCCUAGCAUACUUUGCUAUGGUUGCGCAGGGUUCAAGUCACGUGGUUCAGAACUGACCGAGCCUCAACUUUCUGAGUCUUAAAACGUGCGCGGACUUGAAGACAAAACACUUGACAGUUUAUCCAUUCGCGUGUUAGCAGAUGGUAUGCUAGCAUGUUUGAUUACCAGAUUCUCCUUUAGCAGAGAAGAGAAUCUGGAAUCUGAUUAUACUCACAGCUACAAAUAGUACAUCGUUACCCUACAUGCCUACGUAACGGUCAUGUUGGAUGGAUGGACUUGUUCAAUUCUCGUUAGAUUUUCACAUUCUAGCGUUUGCUAUCAAUGCAGAACUUUUAAAAGUCAACAAAAUAUAUUUACCUGUGAAAGGUUUUUCCCAGUUGUACGGCGCAGUUUGCUGGCAUCUUUGAUCUUUUGGCUUUAUCGCCGUCCACACCCAUGGAAUGCGCCGACUACUUGUUUAGCGUCACCGUAGGCGCGCAUCCUAAAAGCGGCACAUCUGUUAUAUUUCAUUAUGGAGACGAGCAAUAGCUUCUCCCGAAAAAUGCUACAUGCUAAUUGUUGCAUUUGUGUUACCGCCGAAACCAGUUUGGGACGCGAUCCUCACUGCUGUCGAAUUAGCAAGAAGCUAACUAAACACGAGCUAAUCGCUCAGCUAGCCACAAGCUAAUGAGCUAACUAGCAGGUGUCUAGUGCGCCGCUUCUUGUUUUUCGGUCACAAAAACUUGCGUGAAUUUGAGGGAUGCGUUGUCAACGCGGUUUCAGAUUUUGACAAAUAACAUUUAUUAUUUAUAAUAAUGAUGACGAUGGAAGCAGUGGCAUGUGUGAAUCAGAUGUGAAUAAUUUUCCUUUUGUUUUUAUUUAAUUUGAAGCGUUUGUACAAGUUGUGAGAGGAAGCAAGUUGUUGCACAAGUUCACGUUCCUUAAAUAUGAAUCAUAAUGAUCAUAAUUCAUUACACCUAACAAUGUCGGUCAACUUUAUUAUGGAAAGAAAAACCAAAUAAAUGAGAACACUUGUUUUUCAUCACUUACUCACAGGGAAAAUCCGAUCCAACAAGAUUUAUGAAUUCUAAUAAAACCAUAAAUGUUGACACGAGUGGAAUAUUUGUUCCUUUAUCACAUCAUUCAUAUAUAAACUACUGUUUUUGUAUUAUGAAACUAGUAUGCAUGUUUGUAGUUUGACUCCUUUCAACAAUUAUAACAUUGUAAUAUAAAAAUAAUACAGUACUGUUAAUAUUUAUUUUAUGAAAUAGCAUAUCAACGGGUACCUCCAUUUGACAAGUACGAUUAGUAAACAAUGAAGAAAAGAUUUUAUUCGGUGCCGCACUUUCCACAUGACUCAAUUGGAGGAGACAUUCUCUCUGUACAUUUUUUGGUCAAAUAUUACAAUAGCCAUAAUAAUAAAUAAUACUAAUCAUAUAAAAAUGGAGUCUAAAGCUGCGCAGCUCCCUCACGGAACAAGAAACAUGAACAUACAACAUGAUGUGACAAUCAAUCAAUCAAGUGCUGCUGUUUUGGUUAGCAACACGGUGUUUGAUUUUGUUAUGAAAGAAAUACAGCGACCAUCAUCUUUAAAAAUGAAUGAAUAAAUAAAUAAAACGUUGAAAUUGAGGCAGUGUGUGACAAAGUGCGUCCACCUUUAUUUUUACACCUCGACAAAUUUUUUCAACACACUCGGAACACGGCGCUAACGCUAGCUCACCGGACGUCGCUUUGCUUUGCUCUGACGGGAAAUUGUCUCGUUGCGAACAGCGUCUUUUUUUUUUUUUUGUUUUGUUUUUUUAAACUACAUAUUUGCCCUGCGAUUGGCUGGCAACUCGUUUGAACGUGUACUCAAACUCAGCUGGGAUCGGCUCCAACUCAUUCGCAACGCCAGUGAGGAGAAGCAGAUGAAUAAAACAAAGCAUCGUUCGGAAUCCUGAAAAGUCAUAACUUUCAAGAUUAUCUGGGGAAAAAAAAAAAUAAAUAAUACAUAACCUGUUUGUUGACUUUGGCUGAGAUAAACAAACAUUAUGUCAGUGCAGAAUAUUAAUCAUAAUAAUAACACUUAAUGGCUGCAUGCAGCUUUUACAUCAAACCCCCACCCCCCAAAAAAAUAUAUGACACACCGUGAAUAAUAAUAACUGCAAUAGCUCUUAAUGACAUGAAUAUCAUUAUGACAGUUGGUCCCUGCCGGCCAUUUCAUUAGGUACACACCCAAUACAGAAAUAUUAACGCUGACUUUUGAUUGACACUGUCAGAGAGACAAUCAUUUUACAAUAUGCUUAUCGUCAUUGUUGUUGUGCUUGUAAAAUGACACAAUUACCGUAAUUCCCGGACUACGGAGUGCACCUGCUUAUAAGUCUCGCACUAGCGCUAAACUCUUUCUGCGUACCGAGGCUUAUAACCAGGGGCGCUAACGCUAACGCUAGCGCUAGCAGGGCAUCACUGCAUAAUCCACAAGAUUGAAAACGUAUGAAAAAAGUCGCCACUUGUAGGCCGGAAAUUACGCUAUACAUUUCUGAUAUUUCAAUUUUGUCAAACGUUUCGAACAAAAGUGAGCAUUAUUAGGACUGUUGAAAUACAAGUAUGUGAAAUAUGAUUUGCUUGUGUCUAUAUACAAUCACAACUGUGGUGAAAUUCUGUGGAAGACAUAAAAAAGUAUAAUAAAAUCAUUGAAAUGAACUAAUUUUGCCUAAACGCUCCCCCCCAAAUUGUUGUUGUUGUUUUUUUUUUUUUUUUGCUCUACAGCGAAAAAAGUGACUCACUUAAAUUGAAGUCGGAUGGAGAACAAAAUAGCUGCCGAUGACGCUGGUUUGUUGCAGCAGACGAUGUGGAAAAAAAUAUAUAUACAGUGUAUAUAUCCAUACAUAAACAUUUUGAAUACGACUGUGAAUGGACAAUGUCACACAGAACAUUCGGAAUGCUGAACUAUUCAAAUAAUUGUCGUUACAUUUCUGAAAAUAAACAAACACUUGUGUCAAAUACUGCAAGUAAAUAAAUAAUAGCCACUG